UUUCCCUUCAUCUUCGUCUCUUCUUGAUUUACAUCUCCUUUGCUAUUAAUGUGGAAAUAUCAGCAUACCAAAACUAAAUUGCAGUAAGCCAAAUUCAAGAUUUGAGUUCAUCAAACAGUUACUAUGAAGUUUCCUUUUCCAUUUACCAGUUGUUUUAGUUCCUCAUCUGGUACAAUGGAUGCCAACCAAAUUAUCCCAUAUGGUGGACAAAGAGCUCAGAAGUUUUCAGUGUUCACUUACAAAGAAUUGAAGGCUGCAACUCAUGGAUUCAGAGUUUCAAGUAGAAUUGGAGAGGGAGGAUUUGGUUCUGUUUACAAGGGUCGGCUUGAAGAUGGAAGCAUUGUGGCUGUAAAGGUUCUAUCAAUUGAAUUAGAAACAUUGCGAGGUGAAAGAGAAUUUAUUUCAGAAAUAGCUGCAUUGUCUGAUAUCAGACAUGAAAAUCUUGUCAUUCUCAGAGGAUAUUGUGUGGAUGGAACCAACAGAUUCUUAGUCUAUGAUUACAUGGAAAACAAUAGUCUAACACAAUCUUUUCUAGCAGGGGAAGAGCAAAACAGAAGUAAAUUCACAUGGGAACUAAGAAGAGAAAUUUCAAAAGGAAUAGCAAAGGGACUUUCAUAUCUUCACGAAGAAGUGAAUCCUCACAUUGUACAUAGAGAUAUUAAGGCCAGCAAUAUACUUCUUGAUCAGAAUUUUACACCAAAAAUUGCUGAUUUUGGUUUAUCUAGGCUAUUCCCAGAAAAAACUUCCCACAUUACUACCCGAGUUGCCGGAACAUUAGGCUAUCUUUCUCCAGAAUACGCCAUUAGUGGACAUUUAACUCGGAAAUCAGAUGUUUAUAGCUUUGGAGUCUUAUUGCUAGAAAUAGUCAGCGGUUGCCCUGUAAUUGCUUUUGACAUUGAGAGAGGAGAACAUUUCCUAGUUAACAAGGCAUGGGAAAUGUACAAUAGUGGCAAAUUAUUAGAGCUAGUAGACCCUGUGUUAAAUGGAGAAUUUUGUGGCGAUGAAGCUGUCCGAUUCUUGAAGAUUGGCCUGCUCUGUGUGCAAGAAAUCGCCAGUCUCCGCCCCAAAAUGUCUGCAGUCAUAAAGAUGUUGAGCAGUUCCAAUUAUAUGGAAUUAGAGGACAUAAAGAUUACUCAGCCUGGAAUUCUUGCUGAUCUGAAAGAUGUUAAGAUAGGUCAAAAGCAAUCUUCUAACAGCUUUUUCUCCAAUGCUGUAGCUAUAGCUAGAAAGUGUUGGUACAAAGUGUAUAUUUCAAACACAAAAACUUGGCCUACUGUUUUUGAGAAGAUAUAAAUCAAUGAGGCUUUGAAUAUGUGACCAGCAGGUUACGGGUUCGAUACGUGAAAAUAGCCUUUUGUAAAAAUACAAGAUAAGGUUGUGUGCAAUAAACCCUUAUGAUGUGGCUCUUCUCCGGACCCCGCGCAUAGCAAGAGUUUUAGUGCACCGAGCUGCCUCUUGAGGCUUUGAAGAGACUGAAAUGAAAAUGCUCUGAACAAAUGUAGCUUAGAGUAGGUCUUUCUUCUGACUUCUUUCUUUUUUAACCUUUAUUUGAAUAUUUAGUUCCAUAAGCUGCAGAUAUUAUCCUUGGGUAACAAACAAGGAUAACAAAUUUUUGGAUUUGAGGGACCAAAUAAAUUUUUUCUUCAAUUAAUUAUAACUUUUUCUAACA